AUGGCUGACUCAACUGCUCGUCGCGCUCCACCUGACGGUGGCUGGGGUUGGGUUAUAGCCGGUGUAGCUUUUAUCAUUAACGGCAUUAUAUUAGGAAUUCACAAUUCUUUUGGACUAUUUUUGGAUUAUUUUAUUGAAAAUCAUGUCUUUGGAGUUACAGAUAAAGAUACCGCAGCAGUAGCUGCCGUUGGCUCUCUUUCUUUUGGUAUGACCUUUAUGUUUGGUCCAUUAUCCGGAAUAUUAUGUGAUCAAGUUGGAUUAAGAUUAACUGUCAUAAUCGGCUCUGUCAUCGCCGUAGCUGGAGUUUUAACAACCUCUUUUUGCAAUGAGUUAUAUCAAUUAUAUAUCACAUAUGGCGUUCUUUGGGGCUGCGGCUCUAGUCUUUGUUACACUGCUUCUUUCGUAGCCCUUGGUCGCUACUUUCAUAAACGCAUAUCUUUCGUCAAUGGUUUAGCUACGGCUGGUAGUGGAAUCGGAGGUUUAGCAUUGACACCAUUGAUUAACUGGCUAUUAACUACGUCCGAUUGGCGAGUUACUUAUCAAGUUCUGGCUGGUGUUUGCUCCUUACUUGCGAUAUGCGGAAUAUUUGUUCGUCCUGCUGACCCUUCUAAAUCGAAGAAAACUAGCUGUCUCUUAAGUAAAAAAAUCACUUCUUGCUUGGAUUUCUCUAACUGGCGAAAAAAAUCAUAUAUCGCCUGGGUGUUAUCUGCUGCUGUUGUUGAGACUUGCUACUUCACCCCGUAUAUUUAUUUGGUAAGUAGAACUUUAUUCGGAUAUAUAAGUAAUAUGCUUGUUGCAUACCUUGGCAUAGUAGCUACUGCUAGUAAACUUCUUGUUGGUAAAAUUUGUGAUCAUCCGAAAAUGAAUCGCGUCUACUUUACACAAAUAUGUAUUCUUUUCAUGGCUGUAUGCAUUACGUGUUUGCCGUUAACGACAAACUAUGGUGGUGUCCUAGCAUUUGUUAUCGUUUUUGGUUGGUUCGAUGGUUGCUAUACUGCAUUACUAGCAGUGAUCACCCUAGAUGUGACCGGCCCCGCAAAAUAUGCUCAAGGCUUAGGUCAAUUAUAUAUUGUAAUGUCGAUUAAUAACAUCUUUGGACCUAUAAUUAUAGGUAAGUAUAGAUUAAUCCGCUGA